AUUCCCGAAACAAUCAUCAUAUCGUCUACUGCAUACCUCCUUACCCGCCAUGUCUGUCCAUCAAGGUGAAUCGGCAGUUCGCCCAGAACCAGACCAGCUCCUCAAAGACAUCGCCGACUAUGUCCACAACUAUCAAAUCACUUCGGACCUUGCUUUCGAGACUGCACGUCUCUGUCUCAUUGAUACCAUAGGUUGUGGUCUUGAAGGUCUUCGUUUCCCUGAUUGUGCCAAACUCCUUGGCCCAGUUGUUGAGGGUACCAUUGUCCCAAACGGUACCAAGGUCCCCGGAACUAACUACCAGCUCGAUCCCAUUCGAGGUGCAUUCAACAUUGGUACCAUCAUUCGUUGGUUGGACUUUAAUGACUGCUUCCUCGCUGCUGAAUGGGGCCAUCCAUCCGACAACCUCGGCGCUAUCCUCGCCGUCGCAGACCACCUCGCCCGUCAAGGCCAGCCACUCACCGUCCACGACAUCCUCGAGGGCAUGAUCAAAGCCCACGAAAUCCAAGGCAACCUCGCCCUCCUCAACUCCUUCAACCGCGUCGGUCUUGAUCACGUCGUCCUCGUCAAAGUUGCCAGUACCGCUGUCGUCUCGAAACUCCUCGGCCUUUCGCACUCCCAGACGAUCGAUGCUGUUUCGCAGGCUUGGGUAGACGGACAGUCGCUCCGCACGUACCGUCACGCACCCAACACCGGCCCUCGUAAGUCGUGGGCUGCAGGCGAUGCUUGCUCUCGCGCCGUCAACCUCGCUCUGCUCGUCAAGAAGGGUGAAAAGGGUCUUCCGUCCGUCCUCAGCGCCAAGACAUGGGGCUUCUACGAUGUCCUCUUCAAGGGCAAACCCUUCGAGUUCCAAAUGCCUCUCGGCUCGUACAUCAUGGAGAACGUCCUAUUCAAAAUCUCGUACCCAGCUGAAUUCCACGCACAAACAGCGGUAGAAGCAGCCCACACCAUUCAUGCACAGCUCAAAGCUUUGGGAAAGUCUUCAGAUGACAUCAAGAGCGUGCGCAUUCGGACUCAGGAGGCUGCUGUUCGUAUCAUCGACAAGCAAGGUCCUUUGGACAACUUUGCGGACCGUGAUCAUGCCAUCAACUACAUGGUUGCUUAUCCCCUUAUCUUUGGCGAACUCACAUCGGAGAGUUAUACCGAUGCAUCCGCUUCGGACCUACGAAUCGACGCUCUGAGGGCGAAGAUUUACUGUGUGGAGGACAAAGCGUUCAGCGUGAACUACCAUGAUCCUGCCCAACGGUCAAUUGGAAACGCCCUAUUGGUGGAAUUGAACGAUGGAACUGUACUAGAUGAGGUAGUGGUCGAAUUUCCUGUUGGACACAAGCGAAGACGGACAGAGGGAACGCCGCUCCUUGUGAACAAGUUCAAGAGGCAUAUAUCUUAUCAUUUCGACGAGACGCACCAGAAGAAAAUUCUGGACACGGUAUCUGACGCGCCAUCAUUCUAUAAGCUGGCAGUAGAUAAAUUUACUGACAUGUUUGUUAAGCCUUAAAGGAGCUUUCCGAUGUAUUCGUGUAUCUUGUUACGAUGAUCAUCUCAUUUGUCACAUCAAUCUAGGAAAUUAUAUGAAACGAAACACACUGAGCGUUU